GAAGUGAAAACACGUCAAUGUCUUUGAGGCACAUCUAUGUGUGUUAAAGUUGUCAUAUGGUGCGAAUACGUGUUUUUCUGUGUCUUUGGUGUGUUAUAAGUUGCCCAUGCAUGUAUUAAACACGUAAAAUUGCAAAAAUUAAAGUGUCGGAACAAAAGAUGCAUUCUAUCUAAAAGCGAAUGCUCACCCAGACCUGCCUGAAACGCCUCGUGUAACCACACCCCCAUGAAUGUACGUCAUUUUGUGGUAUGACUUAACUAAAGACCGCCCAAAUGUAUACGCAAGUAAGGUGAGCGUACUUGUAAAUCUCAUUGUAUCGUCGCCGCCGCAGGCAUGUUGUGGAGACGCUAUGUUUCGUUGUGAAAAGAAAGCCUCUUUGUUUGCCCUUCCAAAAGAUGAGACAACUAAAAACGAAUGGUUACAUUUUAUGUACAAUACUGUUCCAGAACAGUACAAUCCGAAUAUUCAAGUGUGUGCAGCUUAUUUCACAGAUGAUUGCUUCAUGAACCUGGGAGAGAUCAGAGGCCGGCUGUGCACGAAAGCUUUUGUUAAAAAGUGGGGCAAUUCCAACCAUUACAACUUCGCAAGGACAGGCUGGCGCUUCAGAUUCGCAGCCUGUGCAACUGAUGCUCUUGCUGACUCCCUGUCAUCAGUUGGUGGGACAUUACCUCACUUCCUGCAAGAACCAGAGGAUGCUUACAUAGUCAAAAAUAACCCCAUCAAGUUGCGUUGCCGUGCGACUCCUGCCUUGCAGAUCUUCUUUAAAUGCAACGGAGAAUGGGUCCAUCAGAACCAGCAUACCUCACAAGAGUACAUGGACCAAAACACUGGGCUGAAAAUACGCGAAGUGACAAUCAACGUUACCAGGCAGCAGGUGGAGGACUUUCAUGGUCCGGAGGACUACUGGUGCUUGUGUGUUGCCUGGAGUCACCUGGGAACUUCGAAGAGUCGUAAGGCAACAGUGAGCAUAGCUUACCUCCGCAAGAACUUCGAGCAAGAUCCUCAGGGGAAGGAAGUGCCAAUCAAGGGCAUGAUUGUUCUGCAUUGCCGUCCCCCAGAGGGAGUGCCCAUGGCCGAGUGCAUGGCAGAUAUACCGGAGGAGAAAGAGCAGAGAAGCACCAUCACUUCUGUUAUUAAAAUAGAUGUUGGCAAUGCUAUCGAUUCUACAGCUAAGACUCAAAUUAAUGGUGUUUGGUCUUUGUGGACUGAAUGGUCUCCAUGCAGCGUGAACUGUGGAAGAGGAGUUCAGAAACGUUCUCGCACCUGUACUAACCCGGCCCCUCUGAACGGAGGAGCGUUCUGUGAGGGCAUGUCUGUGCAAAAGAUCACUUGCAAUGCCCUCUGCCCAGUGGAUGGAGUCUGGGAGGAGUGGGCUGAGUGGACGCUGUGUAACGUCCAAUGUGAGAGGCAGCGAUGGAGGGAGUGUAAUGUGCCGCCACCCCGACACAGAGGCAAGAUGUGUGAAGGAGAUGCUCAGACCACAGAGAACUGCACAGGCGGACUGUGUUCACAAAAUGGGAAGCUGAUGCAUGAUGUAAAGCCCCAGAGUAUGGAGAGCUCGAUUGAUGUUGCGCUGUACUCUGGUCUGGCUGCGGGGGUGAUAGCUAUGGUCGUUCUCAUCGUGGCCAUCACCCUCUACAGGAAGAGUCAGAGUGAGUAUGGAGUGGACGUCAUUGACUCAUCUGCUCUCGCUGGGGGCUUCCAGUCGUUUAACUUCAAGACUACCAGACAAGGCAAUCCGCUUCUGCUCAAUCCCAUCAUGCAGCCCGAUAUAACAGUGGGCCAGACCUACAGCAGUCCCAUCUGUUUCCACGACUCCAUAGACAAAGAACUCUUUGACCCCCUUCCCGAAAAGGUCAAAGUUCAGAGCUCCUUUAUGGUUUCACUAGGUGUGGCAGACCGGGCGGAGUACCACGUCAAAGCCCACUCGGAGAGACAACCUGCUACCCUUCACCCAAACAUGGUCACCGCUAAUGGACCUCACGUUCUUGGAAUAGGUCAUUUAAAGACGAGCGCGGUGUUUGGGCACCUGGGUGGACGUCUGGUUAUUCCAAAUGCAGGAGUAAGUUUGCUGGUGCCUCACGGGGCGAUCGCCGAGGACACUUCCUCUGAGAUGUACAUGCUCAUAAAUCAAGAAGAGUCCAGUGCCCAAUCAGAGGAGAGGUGUGAGGUUCUAUUAGGGCCAGAGAUCACUUAUGGUCCUCCCGGGCUGAAGCUGUCCUAUCCUGUUGCCAUGACGAUAGCUCAUUGUGCUGAGGUCAGCACUGAAAACUGGAACAUUAAACUCAAGAGACACACCAAGGACAACAAGUGGGAGGAAAUGAUGUCAGUAGAUGAUGAAUCAACCUCCUGCUAUUGCCUGAUGGAUUCACACAGCUGUCACUUGUUGCUGGAUGAGCCUGGCUGCUAUGCACUGGUGGGUGAACCUGUCACUGAUUCAGCCGUAAAGAGACUGAGGAUCGCUGUUUUCGGCAGUAUGGAGGCCUCCUCCACGGACUUCAGUCUGCGGGUGCACUGUGUAGAUGACACACCACAUGCAUUUCAGGGAGUGGUCACUGCUGAAACCAGCAGAGGAGGUCAACUUCUAGAAGAGCCCAAGACACUAUUCUUCAAAGGAAACUGCCUCAACUUGCAAGUGUCCAUACAGGAUAUCCCUCAGUUUCUGUGGAGCAUCAAACCCUUCACCACCUGUCAGGAAUUCUCUUUCAGCCAGGUGUGGUAUAGCAACCAGCAGCCUGUGCACUGUGCCUUCACACUGCAGAGACAUGACGACGCAACCACCCAGCUCUCCUGCAAGAUCAGCGUGAGGCAGGUCAAAGGUCACGAGCAGAUCCUGCAGGUGUACACUUCACUGGCAGAGAAUGAGAAAGAGACGGUCCCAUUUUUUAUGCAGGCAGAUUGCACAGUCACCUCACAGACAGGGGCCAAAGCCUUCAAAAUCCCCCUGUCCAUUCGUCAGCGGAUAUGCACCACCUUCGAUACUGCCAACGCCAAGGGCAAGGACUGGCAGCUCUUAGCUCAGAAACUCCACAUUCAAAGAAACCUGUCCUACUUCUCCAAGCAGCAGAGUCCCUCUGCUGUCAUUCUCAGUCUUUGGGAGGCCAGACAUCAGGACAGUGGAGAUCUUGACUCACUCGCCAGUGCAUUGGAAGAGAUUGGAAAGAUCCACUGUAAAAACCUGCCUCAGAGUCCGGCUGACAAAGAACCAGUCUUUAGCUUUUGAGCGAGGCCAAAUUAGGCUUCUAAUUUCUAGUCCCACCUGAAGUGUCAGAGACGACCUGGACAACAUGUGACCAAUCUGUUUAACAAAUAUCUAUGUGCAAACUAUUACAAGUUGGCAGGAACGUGGCACAGCCAUCACAUCCUACAUGAAAUUCCGCCUUAGCCUUUCUUGGUGUGUAUCAUAUUGAAUUAUUGUGAGAUGCAAUUAGUGGCCAAGCUGGCAUUUUCCUUGAGUCCACAACAUAUACUGCUGUUCAAAAGUUUGAGGUCACUUACUAAUUGUUAUUUAUACUUUUUUCAUAUUUAAUAAUAGUAAAUAAUAGAAUAAUAGCAAACUCAUCAAAUGAAAUGAUGACAUAUAAGCAACUAUGGGAAUUAUUUUGUAACUAGAAAAAUCCUAGGACUACAAUUUCGUAUACUUUUGAUCCCAUAAUGUUCUUAUAGCUCAAUUGGGUUCAAUACCAGGGAACACACAUGCUGAUAAAAUACACAUGUAGACUUAAUACGCUAUAAGUCUCUUUGGAUAAAUGUAAAAUGCGCAUAAAUGUGAAUUUCUUAUCAUUUUCUUUAAUCUUUUUUUAGCGAUGAAUGAAAUCUAUGUUAGUACAGUUUUGCCCUCAUAAAAUAUCAAAACAUUUCAGACAUUUUUUUGAGCUUUGAGAUGAAAAGUGACCCCUAACUUUUGAAUCCAAGGUUUUUCGUUUUUACCUAUUUUUAAUCAGUCUUGUGUUACAGAGUUCCAGCAGUAUUUAUAUAUCCCUUCUGCAUGUUACUACUGAAUUGUGCGUUGUUUGCACUAUAUGAUGUUUAGAGAAGGGAGGAGAGGGAAAUCCACUCCUGCAAACUGCCUUUUUAUAGUCAUCACACAUCGUAAUCUUGACUCACUGUGUACUUCCAUUAUUAUUUGCAUUGUCCAUUAGCCCUUUUAAUGGGAUUGAUUUAAAAGGCGUAAUAAGAACCAUUUUAAAUCAUGAUAUAAAAAAAUUUGACUUGUUCUCAUUUAUGCAACAAUGUAAAAAAAAUGCGUUACGUGCUGAUUAAAGGCCUGUUUAAUAAAAGAGUCACAUUUGCACAGGUUCAAAAAGAGGUAAAAAUCUAGCUAUCUAAUUUAAUCUAAUCUAUCCCUUAAAAAUAUUCCAAACCCACUCACUACAGUAAAAUACAUUGCUCUGUUCACAGUGUUGGGUAAGUUACUCUGAAAAAGUAAUUAAUUACUAGUUACUAAUUACAUAUUCAAUAGUGUAAUUAGAUUACUGUACAAAUUACUCUCUCCAAAAAGUAUUUAGUUACUUAUUACUAAUUACUUUCUAUAUACAUCAACCUUGAUUAGUUAAGCGAUUGAAGGAUAGACAUGAAACGGCUUAUUUAAUUAAUUCAAAUAAAUAAUAUUAAACUACAUAAAGUAGUAUUAUUAACUGACCAAAGUGUUACAAAUGUGAGAAUUAUACAUUAAAGCAAGAAUUUUAAAGUUAGACUUUGAAUUUUGAUGUCAAUUCCACUAUUGCACACGCAUAUUACACAAAGUAUUUAGUUUAAUUACAUCAGAAGUAACUGUAAUUAAAUUACAGAAAAAAUAACAGUAAUCCCUUACUUUACUUUUUCAAGGGGAAAGUAAUUAAAUUACAGUAACUAAUUACUUAGUAACUAGUUACACCCAACACUGUCUGUUCAUGUGAACACAUGUUAAGGACCUCUGAAAGUCAUUAGGGCCAAAGAUCAGGAAAGUGUCAUGCCUUUAUAGAGGGAGUUUAGACUAUAAUAUUGACCACAACAAGCAUUUACUUAACCCAUUGCAGAUGUCCGUACAUCCCUAUUGCAAACGCAUGUGUUUUUUUAUUCAACUGAAAUGGAAAUCCCCCUAGAGACUUCCGGAAUGAAGCCUCUCUUAUCUCCUCAGACCAAAUUUCACUGUUCAGUUUGAAACACAAUGGGUAACCACGGGCUGGUGAGCACGGAGAGUUAUAAUUACGGCCUGAUAAAAGGAAAAGAGUUAAAUGCUGUCAGAAGUGUAAGAAAAAGUGAAAUCCUUUUCCAAGUCAUCUACUUUAUUAAUGUCCGUUGUAGUGUCAGAUCACUCAAAACCAACUAAAAUCAAGCCUCUUAAAAACAUUUUCCUGUUUUGAGAGAGGAGGUUAAGGUCUUUAUGGUUUUCUUACACUUGAUAUUAUUUUCUGUGUUUUGCUUUUGAGUUACUGUUUAAAUAAGCAUUUAAAUAAGACUGAUUUGCACUUUGUGACAAAAGAGCAUUAAGAGCUUUUGUUUGUUUGAAUCUUUGGUCAUUGCUGUUGUUGUUAGACGCGGGCUUUUGCACCACCAGAUGAUAUAUCACUAUGUAUUAGCCCAAAGAAAUGUCUCUUUUUCAUUCCUUAUACAAUUUUACACGUUUUAAGAUUUUAAACAUCAUUUUGUUUUGCUUAUAAAAUUGCUGGGAGAACAGCUUUGCUUCUUAUUGAGCCAUUUCGAUGUUCAUAAUAUGACACAGUAGUGGAACAUAAAGUUUAGCUUGCAUAAACAACAGAGCAACAGUACCAUAAUAGCUUUCAUAUCAAGACAAACUUUUCUCCCCAGUAUUGUGGACAGCAUUUAUAGUGGUACUAUACAGUAUUUUUGGAUUUAUUUCGGAUAAAUCAAUGCAAAGCCUUUAAACGCUUAAGUCAACAAAAAAUCAGACCCACAUGUUACAUUUAGUAUUUUGCUUUAAAUUAUGAUUCUUGUGCCUUGUAUAACUUCUGUAAAUGGUGAAUGUUGUACAGGUUAAGAUGGUUCCGAAUCAUGCAAAUGUACUGUACGAUAUCAGUUUAAAGAAGAAAAAACAUUACACUGAUAUGCAGGGGUCAAGAGCUUUUCUAGUGCUAAAUAUACUUGUUUGGUAUCGCCAGGCCAGCUUUGUGGUAUAUUGUAUCUAUGAUUAUGAACAUUUUGGAUGUUUUCUGUACAGUAGAGUUUGCUGAUGUACAUGCAGUCUUUUGGAAAUAAAUGUACAGCUGAAGAGAGCUGCAACUAGC